UCCCCUAUCUCACGGAGCCAGUUCCUCUAUUGGAGACAGUCCGAGGUCGGGUGACUGCUUUGAUGCAUGCGUCUGUCUGUUUGUUUUUUACACAUAUACGUACACACAAGCUGUCACACACACCACAUCUCUCCUCUCCGCAUGACCGCGCAGUUGCUGUGUCCGUCGCUGCCCGAGUCUUCUUCUCUGUUUUUGUGUGCUGGGGAGGCACAGUUCUCUCCAGUUUACUGGCAGCUGAGGAAGAGUGUGGAUAUCUUUGUCCCCCUGAUCCCCGACUCUCAGUGAAGGGGUCCAGUCCCAGACAUCCGGAGCAGGGUGCGAAGCUGUAGGAUACUGGGUUCCCCUUCAAUGCCCCAGUGAGACGAGAGGAGGAAGAGGAGGAAGAGGAUAAGGAGUUUGCGUGGAUGACUGGAGCCUUGCCAUGAACCGCAAGACCAAGAGGAAGUCCAGGCAGGGCAGCCUGACCGUGGCAGGGUCCCAGCGGGCAGCACACAGGAGGAUGACCUGUCCCACCCCCCAGGAGAUCAACCAGGCCCUGCAAGGCCCCCGUCCCACCCCCCCGUCCCAUGGCCUCUCCCUGGAGGAGCUCAUACAGCGCUGUCUGCACAGCUUUGACUCAGAGGGGAAGCUGGGCAGGGGGGCGCAGCUGGUCCACAUGACGCUGAUGAUGCACAGCUGGGUGGUUUCCUCCCACACCUUUGCCCACAAGCUGCUCUCUCUCUACGAGGAGAGUCCCGAGGAGAUGAGGGAGCAGCGGCGGACGCAGAUCUGUCACCUCCUCAGGCAUUGGGUGAACAAGUUCCCAGCAGCCUUUGAGGCAGACCCCCUGCUGGAGCAGGAAAUGGCACACCUCUGGAGCCUGGUGGGCACAGAAGGGGAGGAGCCACACUGCCUGACGACCGACACCUCUUACCUACUCUCCAGCAACCACCCACCGAUCCCCCUGCAAGUUCCCUCCCCCACUGUGAAGAAGAGGAAGGUGUCCCUCCUCUUCGACCACAUGGAGCCGGACCAGAUGGCCCAACACCUCAGCUACCUGGAGUUCAAAAUCUUCUGCAGAGUCUCAUACCUGGACUUCCACAGCUACGUGGUGCGGGGCUCGGUGAGGGAUAACCCGGCCCUGGAGCGCUCGGUCAUGCUGUGUAACGGCGUGUCUCAGUGGGUGCAGCUCAUGAUCCUCAGCAGACACACGGCCCAGCAGAGGGCCCAGGUCUUCACCAAGUUCAUCCAUGUGGCGCAGAAGCUGCGUUCUCUGCAGAACUUCAACACUCUCAUGGCUGUGAUAGGGGGUCUCUGCCACAGUUGCAUCUCCCGACUCAAAGACACAGCCAGCCUGCUGCCUCAGGAUGUCACCAAGACGCUGAGCGAGCUGACGGAGCUGCUGUCCUCUCGCGGUAACUACAGGGCGUACCGGCAGGUGUACAGGGAGUGCUCAGGGUUCAAGGUGCCCAUCCUGGGGGUGCACCUCAAGGACCUGAUCUCCCUGAACGAGGCCCUGCCAGACUACCUGGAGGACGACAAGAUCAACCUGGGGAAGCUGCAGCACCUGUACAGCAACAUCGCCGACCUGCUGGCCGUCCACGACUGCACGCCCCCCUUCCAGGCCAAUAAGGAUCUGCUGCACCUGCUGACCCUGUCUUUGGACCUGUACUACACGGAGGAUGAGAUUUACGACCUCUCCUAUGCCAAGGAGCCAAAGUACCCCAAAAUCCAGCCCACCACCCCAGUGAAACCCCCUGUGGUGGGAGAGUGGGGGUCAGGGGUCACGCCCAGGCUCGACCCCGAAACCAUCUCCACACACGUCAAAUUGAUGGUGGACUCCAUAAUGAAGAACUAUGACUUGAACCAGGAUGGAUAUAUUUCCUUAGAGGACUUUGAGAACAUUGCCUCCAACUUCCCCUUUUCUUUUUGCAAGCAUGAGAGUGACAGGGAGGGGGAGAUCAGCCGGGAAGAGAUCACCUCCUACUUCAUGAGGGGGAUGUCAAUCUGCGCCAAGCUGGGCCUCAACUUCCUGCACAACUUCCACGAGGUCACCUACAAGAGGCCCACUUUCUGCAACACCUGUGGAGGCUUUCUGUGGGGGGUCAUUAAACAGGGUUAUCGGUGCAGAGACUGUGGGAUAAACUGUCACAAACACUGUAAGGACAAAGUUGGGCUAGAGUGCAAAAAGAGGUUCAGUGUUUCUGGGGGUUCCUGUCCUUGCACCCCCAACCCUGACACCAGGCCCAAGAUAAACAGCUCGAGCUCAGAAGAGGACGCCUUUGUUUUUCCCCGUGGUGAGGAAACAGAUCAGGCUGAGGACCGCUCCCCUCCCUGGGUUGAUGGGAAGGGGAGUUCCCGGAUUUCACACCGGGCCACUCAGACAGAACCGGGGUUCUGGACCCCGGGACCAGUGGACAGAAGCGGGGGAAACUUAAAUUCACACACCCCAAGAUCCCCUCUUGAGAAGGACAAAGCAGCUCCGUCCCCUCCCACGUCUCCAGGGCAGGAGAAGGUUCCGGAAACUUCAGAGAACAGGUGCGCGCAGGCGACAGCUGUGCCUACACCUGCUCUGGUGGAAAACAUGGAAGAGCUACGGCUGCAGGAAGACCGGAGAAAAGAGCCGGAUUAAGUCUCGAGCACACGGUCAUGUGACUCACAAACUAAAACCGAUGGUAGAAAGUGAUGUGAUGCUUAGCAAAAUCAAAUACUCACCGUCUCUCUUUCUCGCUCUCAUUCAUCAUCUUAAUUUCCAUCUUCCUUUCUUUUUUAUUUUACAAUCUCAUCUCAUUCACUGCCUGUCAUGUACAUUGGAAAUUGCGCCUCUGGUUAUGAAUGAACUUGUUUUCUUUUGACAAAAGACAAAAGAACAGUUGUUGUGGAUUAUAUUUAUUUUAUGUUCAUCAAUUUCUGACAAAUGAACCGUUUUAUGAAAAAUC